CAGACACACAGACACACACACACGCACUCACACAUACACAUACACAUAAAAUAUACACAAACACACACACACACAAACUGUCACUGUCAGAGGAAGCACUCUCUGAGAUAAGCAAAGAGAAAGUAGAUCUUCCUAUCGGAAUAAAUGUCCGACUUGUCUGACACCGGCAUAUUUUUAGGCCUGGAGCCAGUUUGUUUCCUGAGCUUGUAGCGGGUGAGCCAGAACACUAAUAGAAGCAACAACAUGACUUCUGUGAUUACCGUGCUCCUCCAUGAGUAGCCAGGGGUCCAGGGCCGCGAUCGGACCACAGACACACUCAGCUCUACACCGUAGACCUCUGUCAUGUGGGUCAAGGGGAAACUAUACAACACCUUGAUAAAGAAACUAUAGGCACCAGACAAGACAAAUAGUCCCGAAGCCGAUACAAAGAGAAGAGAUUGAGCAGAAAGCGUUUGUUUUUUCCGCGUGUCAACGAUACAGAAUAGUAUCGAUGACAAGUGGCCAAACCACAAACAAAGUAGCCGGUUUCAUUGGUUGUGCAACAAAGGCUGUUUGAGUUCUGAUUGGCUGUGAUGUUCUACAGUGAGCUAGGUGUCAUAUUGUAAAGAACAACAAACCAUCCAUCCAUAAAAAAGAGGUUAAAAAUCGUGUCCUUAAUUUUUUUGGUGUAAUGCCUCCCCUCGCUCUGUUUUCACGGGCCGUAGCACCCCACGCACGGCACACAAGGACUGCAUUCAAAGACAACACAAUGGCCUCAUCAUGCCCGUUAUGUUAAUCUGAUUUGGACCGGCCCACUCACCCAGUCAUGAGCACUGCUGGCCUGGGCUGUCUUGGAGCGUGUCCCGUAGACAUCGGUGUCAUUAAUUGGGUUAAUUAUGAGAGUACAACUCCAGAGUGUACUACUACUACCUCUACUACUACUAACGCUAACGCUACUACAAAAGUAUUUGUAUUGUCAGACAAAAAAAAUUUGAUUGUAAGAAUGAAAUGAUUUCGUUUGAGAUUUUCGUUUAUUUUGUGCUACUUUGUGUUUGGGAAACACAUUCCCAACACAACUUGGCCUUCCACAAAAUUGUAGUUGUCACACGGGAAUUUGUCAAUUGGAGCCCAGUUCCUGUAAGCAGCCAAUCGCUCGCGGCUGUGACCGCAGUGGGUUUGUGAUGAGUCCCUCCAUUCAUGCCCGGUCACUGGCACUGAGGCGAGGCAGGGCUGGUUGCCGUGGUAACGCGGCGACAACAACACAGCGUCAAGGCGCGGACGUGAAAAGACACAUGACCCACCGUUUCUUCUUCUUCUGUUGUUGUGCUUCUUGUCGUACAGUGAACACUGACACAGAGACCGCCGUGGUGAAUGUGACGUACGCCACAAAGGAAGAGGCCAAACUAGCUAUCGAGAAGUUGACGGGCCACCAGUUUGAGGAAUACUCCUAGGUGUCGUAUAUUCUGGACAUGGACGCCGCUCCGGCCUUCACGGCCCCGCGGAUGCGUCGCGGGGGCCGUUCCUCCAGGGACCAGGACCAGGGCUCCCAGCCGGGGCCCUCCGGGGGCUUCGGGGGCCCGCGGCACAAGCAGCACGACUUCCCACUGCGCAUGCUGGUGCCCACCCAGUUUGUCGGGGCCAUCAUCGGCAAGGAGGGCCUGACCAUCAAGAACGUCACAAAGCAGACGCAGUCCAAGGUGGACAUCCAUCGGAAGGAGAACGCGGGUGCGGCGGAGAAGCCCAUCACCAUCCACUCCACCCCCGAGGGCUGCUCCUCCGCCUGCAGCAUGAUCCUGGACAUCAUGCAGAAGGAGGCCUUGGAGACCAAGGCGACGGAGGACAUCCCCCUGAAGAUCCUGGCCCACAACAGCCUGGUUGGCCGACUGAUCGGGAAGGAGGGACGAAACCUGAAGAAGAUCGAGGAGGACACCGGGACCAAGAUCACCAUCUCCUCGUUACAGGACCUCACCAUCUACAACCCGGAGCGGACCAUCACCGUGAAGGGCUCCAUGGAGGACUGCUGCAAGGCCGAGGCGGAGAUCAUGAGGAAGCUGAGGGAGGCCUACGAGAACGACAUCGCUGCUAUCAACCAACAAACCAACCUAACCGCGGGCCUGAACCUUAAUGCCCUGGGCAUCUUCUCCUCCGGCCUCUCAGUGCUGCCCCCUACUGCCGGACCAAGGGGCGGCGUCCCCCAAGUGGCACCCGCGGGAUACAAUCCUUUCCUAAGUCACUCUUCACAUCUUAGUGGCCUCUACAGGGUACCGCCAGCAAGUACCCUGCCCCACCAGCACUCUCAGCAGGCUCCAGAGCAGGAGGUGGUCUACCUCUUCAUCCCUACUCAGGCUGUCGGGGCGCUGAUCGGCAAGAAGGGCCAACAUAUCAAACAACUGGCCCGCUUCGCUGGGGCUUCAAUCAAGAUCGCACCUGCAGAAAACCCAGAGGUGACCGAGAGGAUGGUCAUCAUCACCGGCCCGCCCGAGGCUCAGUUCAAGGCGCAGGGCAGGAUAUUCGGGAAGCUGAAGGAGGAGAACUUCUUCACGGCCAAAGAGGAGGUGAAGCUGGAGACCCACAUCAAGGUUCCCUCCACCGCCGCCGGGCGCGUCAUCGGCAAGGGCGGCAAAACCGUGAAUGAGCUGCAGAACCUGACCAGCGCUGAGGUCAUCGUUCCACGGGACCAGACCCCCGACGAGAACGACGAGGUCUUUGUGAAGAUCAGCGGCCAUUUCUUCGCCAGCCAGACUGCCCAGAGGAAGAUCCGGGAGAUCAUCCAGCAGGUGAAGCAGCAGGAGCAGAAGCACCAACAGCAGGGAGUCCCCGCGCCGCCCGCCCACCCCACCAAGUGACCCGGCCUCUGGGGGGGCGCUCCAGGGGGCGACCAGCCAAUGAAUGUAGCCCUCCCGACACACGGACACGGAGACGAUCCAAUCGAAAGAGAGAGCAACCAGGAAGGAGGAAGGAAGGCCGUGGGGGACACGGCGGGCAGACCAGCAGCACGGGAACAAAACCAAAGAACUUCAUUGGAGGGGACGGAGUGAGCAGAAUGCUGAGGGCGUAGUGUGCACUGCCAGCCAGGGGGGGGCGCUGAUAUAUACUUAUACGUUAAAAAAAAAUAUAUACAAAAAAAAAACAGAAAGGAUAAUAAAAAAUAAGAAUAAUAGUAAUAAUAAUGUUGAUGAUGAUGGGGGUGAUAAUAUGGAGAAUUGGACAUCUUUACAGUUAAAUUCAUUAAAAGAGGAAAAAAAAAACGACAAAAACAAUCAAAAGAAACUUUGAAAAGAAAAUUGACUUCGCC